AUGGGCGGUCAGUAUAUGAAGCACGAGCUAUCAGACCGUCAUGCCAAACUGAUUCAUGACCAGCAGCGCGCAAGACCUGCAAGAACAGCCAUGAAGAAAAUCGCGUACGAGACGCAGUCCCCAGACCAAGACAAGCCUAAGAAGAAGCAAAAGCGUAGAGGUCCGAGGUUAACAGGGGUAAGCCGGCAGAGGCGGUUAGCGAACACUAGAGAGCGUCACCGAGUCCAAGUGUUAAAUGCGUACAUAGACCGGCUUAGACACCUCAUCCCGCUAUUCCCAGGUGAGAAGAAACCUUCCAAGACGGAGACGGUGCAUUUGGCAGCCCUGUAUAUAGAGCACAUGACUGAGAUCAUACAGAACACUGAAAAACCGCCAUCCGUUAGCGACGCGAGCAGCCCAGGCACAACGAGCGAUCUAGACGAUUUGGAGACCGACUUCACUUUCUCAGACUUUAGCUUGGAAGAGUUCCCGGAAUUAGAUUUCGACGCGCGAGAGCUCUUCUGGGAUGUGGAGUUCUAGCCUUGAGCCUCGCCAGCCGAUCUGUCAAGGGAUGUCAAAGUAAAAAGCUGCCGGUUCAGCGAUUACGUUGGUAUUGUCCAUCAGAUCAAACUCUUAUUAAACACGCAAACAUUUAUAGUGUGAUAUCAUAGAAGAGAUCAGCUUUAAAAGGACAUUCAACAACUACGUUUUAGAAAGCUUACAUUGCCAUGAAUAUAGUUUUAUGUAGCCUAAUUUGGUAGCCAAGUUGUUUCCCGUUAAAAGGGAAAUGGACGAUACAGCAUUCUAUGAAUGUAUGAAAUAAAAAAGGAAACAGGCAAAGGACAACGGAUCAAGUGAUCGGCGCGCACAGGUAUCAACGCUUUCACAUCGUUACGAAAUUAAUCACACGCAGAAUUCACAAGCAAGAUAAGGAGAAAGUCAUUAACCGCGUGAAUUAGAGCCAGAUUUAGAAGAACUGUAGGUCAAUAGAUCAUAUUUAACAAUAGUCUCAUCGCUUUAGUUAGAAAUCGGCAUACAGCAAAAUAUCCACGAGUUAACGCACUGUAAAGCAUAUCCAAUGAGCUUACUAAAUAUGCCCUGUAAUGCAUAUUGCAAAAUGGCAUGUUAGUAGCAUUAGAGUGUGAGAGUUAAUUAGCGAUUCAUCAAGGUAACAUUAGUGUGUUUAACUAAGUGCCGUCAUUAUCUAACAGCAAAGCGCAAUUCAUAUACCCAGCGCAAGAACUUUAAUAUGUUUAUUUUACGGACACAAAGCUUCACUUAUUAGCUUACGCCCGUAUAAACUUUCAAUAUCAACAGAUUAUUUGCUUAUACAAACUAUGUAUAUAACCACUUCUCGUAAUCAUGAUAAAGUGUGCGGUGUCCACAGUGUGAA